AUGGAGCGGGGGAGGAAGGAACCCGAAGAUAUUGACGAGUGUGCUCCAGAUUACAUUGGUAAAGAUAAAUGUAGGCAACUGUGUAAUAAUACUGAUGGGUCGUUUACUUGUAGCUGUAGAAGUGGAUACAAAUUAAAUGCUGAUAAACAUACAUGUGAUGAUAUUGACGAAUGCUACUUUAACUACACAGUGUGUGGAAACAAAGAGAUAUGCGAAAACACAUUGGGGGCAUUCAAAUGCGUAUGUGUACCAGGGUAUAUUCGUGCUUCAGAAAACCAACCAUGUAAAAUACCAGGCAAGUUGGAAGAUUCAGUUAAUGUGAAGUGCAAUAGCUCACAAUGGGAUAUACGCAUGGAUAUUGACAUGUUAAAAACAAAUUACCCCGGCAUCAGACCACAAGACAUAUAUUUAGGAGAAUCGCAAUGCCACGGAAAUCUGGAAGGUUCAAUUCUAAAGUUCAUCUAUAAUAUCAGUAGCUGUAAAACAACAGAAAUGACAUCAGGCAUUACACACAUCUUUAGCAACAAAUUAUUUUAUGUCAUCUUUGACCCUGUAAUACCGUUCUUAAUUCGUCGACACAUAUGGACUUUUGCUGUAGAGUGUGAUUUUAUCAGAGGGGGAACUGGGACAUCACAUUUGCAUCAUGGAAUUGAAACACAUCAUGCAACAUACGUUCAACAUUAUAAUGUCACUCUGGAGCUUUUCAGUGAUCAACAUUUCCAGCAUCCUAUUAAUGGAGGAUCAGAAAAUGUCCACGUAGGAGAGGACGUGUACGUCAAGGUGUCUACGACCAUACCAGAUUGGAAUACAAAAAUGCGACUUAACACGUGUUUUACUAGACCAAAUAACAAUGCAACAAGAGAAAUGGAUGUUGUAUUGAUAAAUAAUGGUUGCGAGGUAGAUGGCAACACACACAUUAUUUCACAGUCAACACAUGAGACGAGAUUUGUUUUUCAAGAUUUCGAGUAUCUUACAAAUGAUGAAGGGCUAGACAUUUACUGUAACGCAACAUUUUGUGAUUCAAAGGAUUACUCGUCAGGUUGCGUACAGACCUGUCAUCAAGGCCCUUCAUUGAUCGGAUGACUGCUCUAAACUCAAAACAAAUGAAUGACACGGUUUUCUUGCUUUUUAACACCUUCCCCAAACACUCUACCAUUUUAUGUAUCUCUAAAUCAGUUUUGUAUUUUGAAUAUGAGUAAAAAGUAUUUGUUGUUGGAUGUUUAAAGCAACCCGUCUGCUCUAUUUUUUUCGCUACAGUUUAUUUUUGUUUUGGGCCUACUCUGCAAUGCAUGGCUCUGUUGCUGUGUUUGUGGUGCUCUAUGCUUCUGUGAAAUAUUCCCUUGCAUAUACAAAACAUGUAAACAUCCGUUUGCUCAUUUGUGUAAAAUAUGCUUUUCAUAGAUUCACAUUUGCCUUUGUCUGUGUAAAAUGUAUCAUAUAAAAUAUAUGUAUAUUUAAACAGUUCACGGAAUCUACUGUGAUAAAAUCAAGAUAUAUACUAUAAUUACGCAUUCGUCUAUAAGUACCUUGUAUGGUGUGCUAUAAUCAAGCAAUUACAUAUUGUCCUUGUUAUUUGUCAAAGGGUUGUCGUAUUGGCCCGAGGCCGUAGGCUAAUACGACAGCCCGAGGACAAAUAACUAGGUCAAUAUGAAAUCGCUUGAAUAAUAAUAAUAUUAUUAUUCAACUUUCGACUGUUGGCGGUAACAGUACAAGAACUCUGUGAAUUACCUUAUGGCAGCUAUGCGCUUUCAGGUGAAAAAUCUUGACAAGUUGUUCAGACUUAUUUUAGAAAUCAUAAUCAUUUUAGCCGGUAAAAUUGAAUGAAUUGUAUGUAGGUACUUGAGAAUAAUUUUGAAAGAUAUUUUUGCUGUGACAUAAUCAAGAGUAACUAGAACGUACCUUAUUUUUUGGAUUCCUAUUUAUUUUCUUUAGUGACUAAAUGAGUUAUCUUAUCAUUUGAACUGUGUUAAAACUGCUUUAAAAGUCAUUUCCUUUUAGGCUGCAGGCAACGAGACACAAAAUUGUACACAUAUGUGUUGAUCAAGAUAAUACAACCAACCAAGCACACAUUAUACACUCCCAUGCCUCGUUUAAUUCUUAUCCGAAAUUGUUUGCAGUUCACAACUGACACUCUUGUUCGCCAAUUUAUUCAUCCACUUUCCAGCAUUUGAAUCGCUAUUUAUCAUUGCACAAAUGGUCUACACUAUCAAAAUGUCUGUUAAAGAUAAGUCUCAUCCUUUUAAUUAAUCUGAGUUUCCGUAUUUUCUCAUUAUUUUCUUUGACAACUGCCAGAGUUUCUGACAGGAAACACUUGCAUUUUACACAAUACCGAAUAAGCGAAAGUAUCGUUGUAAUCUAUGAAGAGGUACACCCCGCUCAGUUAUACUUGAAUAUUACAUGAACAUGUUAGAUGAUUUUUUGUCAAAAUGUGAAAGAAAAAAUCUAUAAAUCUGAUGUAAAACAAAAUGGCGUCAUUUCAAAAUCUAACGGAAGUGACUUCUCCGUAUUAGCCUUCUCUUUUGAACCAAUCAAAAUGCUUGAAUUCCGUAUUGGCCCUGUUUUUCUCGUAUUGGCCCUGUUUUUCUCAUAUUGGCUCAGUUAUGUUUUGUAUUAGCUCUGUCUGUUUCAUAUGAUGUUUGCAAUAUGUCUAAUACAGUAUGUAAUAUUGUAAAAUUGAAUAAUAAUUAUGACUUUAGUAUAGCAACGGUUUCGGGCUAUUUGCUUAUUGUCAUUUCUAACGUACUGAAGAAUGCAUUCAAUGAGUUUAAGUGCAUAUAAACACAUGUCUUAUAUCUAAGGUUAUCGCUAGGCAGGAUUUAAAUUGGUCAUUAGAUAAAACUGUUUAUACAGGUGGUCUUAUGUAUGACGACGAUUGUUAAUAAGAUUGAUAUUAAAUUCUUUACUUAUCAGCUCGGAUCAGUGUGUGUUUUAUUGACAAGUAUGUCAAGAGCAUUUUUGAUUAUCUUUUUUUAUCAGUUUUAUCAGUGCUGAAAUUGGUUUUGGUGACAGCAUUGUAUAUAUGAACAUAGUUGCCGAUCAUCUUUGUUAAACAAAAGAAGAAUUCAGAACAUCAAGGUUAACUACAAUAAUUUAACAGAAAACAAAACAGAAAAAAAUACAUAUGAUGCAAAAGGAUUAUUUGAACUGCUUAUCAUUAUUGCCUUGUACUUUAAUAAAAAGAAUAGUGUUGAUUUUUAUACCACAGUCACACAUACGGCGCAGAUAGCUACGGAUAGAAACGUAGUAAUCCGUACCGUUCCGUACCUGAGCUGUACGGACUGGUACGGAUUGAUACGGGUUCUUUCUUUAAGGUACAGUUCCGGUACGGAUCGCUACGGAUCAAUACGGAUCACUACGUUUCUAUCUGUGACUAGACGUAGCUAUCCGCGCCGUAUGUGUGACUGUGGUAUUAAAGACAACUAUGUCACGGAAUAUGAACGAAAGGAAGAUCGCACUAUAUUGGAAUAGUAAAUUUUAUUUUAUGAUUAUUCUUCUGGUAUUGACCCGUGUACGAACGAUUACAAUGAGGGAUAUAGAUGGUAACGAUUUAUCAUUUAAUUUACAAUAGAUUAUGGGGUGCGUUUGUGUGCUUGUGAGUCUUAAGUGGUGCCCUACCGUGUAUAACUUGUAUCUUACUUGUCUGUUUUUCUGUGUUAGUUAGUUGGGUGUGGUUGUGUGUUUAUCUUUGAUACAUGAAUGCCUGUGCUAUUGUGUUUUACGUUGUAGUGUAGCUGAUAUAAGGAACCUAACAUUUCCUUUGUAUAUUCAUCCUUGCUCUACUUUCCCCUACCGCUUCCUUCCCAAAUACCCCCACCACUACCCCCUUUUUUACCCCUUACCACUCCCCCCCCCCCCUCUUUAUCUAUAUUUGGCCUGAAUUUACCCUUACCUAUUACCUUUUGUUAUUUCACCGCUAGUUCCACUAUAUAUCGUGUUACACAAUUUAAACAUUUCCUGUAUUCCAUAAUGGUUUGAUAAGUGACAACCUACCCGUAGGAUUAUUUUUCUAUGACAUAAAGUCUAUUCUGCUACAAUACAAAUCUAUUGAUAACAGCUUCGCAUAAAAGUGUCCCUUACAGGGGAAGAACAAAUAAAAAGAAAUGCGGAAAAUGGCAUGCAUUUACAACCAUAUAACAUUUAUGGUUAAAUUAUAUUUGUCAAAUUACAACCAUUCGCAUUCAAUAGGCAGUGACGAACUUCAGUAUGAAACAAUCCUUGAUGAUCAUGUGUACGAAACUAUUCAUACGUUUAUCAACAUGUGAAUACUGUAACCUUCCUUACACGGAGCUUGAAACUAUGAUUUGUUGAUUAAUUUGUAAAAAAGAUGUUUUCUUGAAACUGUUGAUUCACAUAGAUUAAAAACGUACAUGUCGUCGAAAAAUAAGAAAUUUUAACGGUAAUAUUCCUUCAGGUCAAGUUUCAGGUCAAGUUUCAAGUAUACAGCUAUUUCAGUAUUAUAAAUAAGAUCAAAUAUAUAGAGUAGUUAUUAAUAAAGUUAUUGCAAUUCGAAAACAGUUUUACUUCGAAAAUGAAACUGUCAAGUCAUUUGAGUAAGAGUAACUGUAUUUGUAGCAUAAACUGUAUUUGUAGCAUAACAAAUUAUUGAUAAACAUGUUCUUAGCUCAAUUAUUCUUGUUACGAUAAGACUUCCGAUUUUAGCAUUUUGGUUCGACAUUUUGAGCUUUCUAGAUUUACUUACGCUUUUUUUUUGGCUUGUGAUCAAAACCAUCUGUCUGACUAAGCAUGUUCAUGGACGGUAAAAGGAAUUCAAGCUUAGCUUAACGUCCACGUCAGAUCUCGUCUAGACCAAGGUUGAGGAGAAAUAAUGAUUUACUGAUAAAACAAGUAUAAACGUGUACUUUAUACAAGCACGCAGAUGUAUUCAUACGGCGAUGGUACUUCUAAGAUACACAGGGGGCAAUUCCAUAAAAAGCUGUGUAUAAUCAAUACUUCAAAAAGUUUUCAAAUGACAGCACUUUUUAUAUUUUACUGUUUAAAAACUAUUGAUAUAACAUUGCUGACAUGUCUUUCUAGUAAUGUUUACCUACAUUUUUUCUUUGAAUGUUACCUGCAAUUAUUUAACAUGUAAUUCAACUAAACAUUUUUACAUUGGUUCUGUAUUUUUUAUUGAAAAUUUUGAUGUUCAAUUCGUUCAGGCGCGAUAAUUACAUCCAUGCUUCUAAGUGACAACAUACCGCCAUUUUAACGACGUCCGUUUAUAGUCAGGCAGAACGUCUCUUAGAUGAGCUCGCCCUUGUUCCGUCUGGUGAACAGAAUGGCCGAGAACCUGAUUAUAAUGUUAAAUGUAAUAUAUAUAUGCAAUUUAUAAUAUAAUCUUGUUUACCAAUGGAAAAUAUAUAAAAAUGAAACUUAAACGCUAGUACAUGAUCACUGAAGUAUUUCAUUUCCUAAUAAUUCAACCAGUGAUAGGGGACACAUCGAAUAGGAGUUUAUUUAUGACAAACUUUCUGUGCCUAUACCACUGACAACGGAGCCAGAACAAUUUAUGAUCAAUAUUCUAUAAGAAUAUCUAUUUAGCAGUCAUGCAAAUUAAAGUUUAAUGUGACCGAAUGCAAUAAAUAUACUUAAUUAAUGUGCCUUGCUUCGUGCUGAUCAAUUUAUGAAUAAAGGCCAACAUGUGUCACUAUUUCUUAUAAGUCGGCUAACUGAUAAAUAAUCUUUUUUUGAUCGCAUUAAGCAAACCAAUGGCGUCCUCUUUUUGUUUUCAUUGCAGAACUGUGCCAUUUUCUUGCAUGAAACGGUGAAAAAACACUUUGUAUCUCUUACUACGUGACGCAAGAAAAUGGCUUCUACUAUCGGCAAUAAUUUAUAUUAUUUUAUAUCGCGUUACCGUAAAAUUAGCUUUUCGGCUGGCCAACCUUCGAGGUAAUAGUUUCUACAUAAAUAUACUCAACAAAACAACUAACACACCACAAGUUGUUUUACCAGUAUCUAAAAAAUUACUGAAAUAAUUUUGCUUGAAAUUUUAAGUACAUUUAUAAAAAUAUUUUUAUAAAAUCAUUAAAUAUAAUAGUUUAAAAAAUUAAACUUGUGCCAUCAAAAACAUACUCACCCAUUAUAUCAAUUCAGCCAAAAGUCAGAUAGACUCAGUAAAAUAUCAAGAAUUUAUAUAGUAACAAUAACAUAACGGAGCCCCAACGACGAUCACUGAGCAAACACGACCGUUAUGAUUACUGCAAAAAUACUGAAUUUGAACCUUAAGAACGGCGCGUUUCGUAAGACUGGCUUGCUCCACCCUCCACUGACAGAACUUUCCGCCACAAUAAUUUUUUUAACAAAUUUACCCCCCAAAAUUCUGCGUAGAAACCAAAAUGAGGUAAAUGAUUACUAAAUGAACA